AUGCGCGAAUGUAUCAGCAUCCACGUCGGUCAAGCCGGUGUUCAGAUGGGCAAUGCCUGUUGGGAACUCUACUGUCUGGAGCACGGAAUCCAGCCAGAUGGACAGAUGCCGAGUGACAAGACUAUCGGAGGCGGCGAUGAUUCGUUCAACACGUUCUUCAGUGAGACGGGAUCCGGCAAGCAUGUUCCACGUGCCGUCUUUGUGGACCUCGAGCCGACCGUUGUGGACGAGGUGCGCUGUGGAACGUACCGCCAACUCUUCCACCCCGAACAACUCAUCACGGGCAAGGAGGACGCUGCCAACAACUAUGCGCGUGGUCACUACACCAUCGGCAAGGAGAUAGUGGACCUGGUGUUGGAUCGCAUUCGGAAGCUGGCGGACCAAUGCACGGGUCUGCAGGGUUUCCUCAUCUUCCACUCGUUCGGUGGUGGUACAGGGUCUGGUUUCACGUCCCUGCUGAUGGAGCGCCUGAGCGUGGACUACGGCAAGAAGUCGAAGCUGGAGUUCUCGGUGUACCCAGCUCCGCAGAUCUCGACGGCUGUCGUUGAACCCUACAACUCCAUCUUGACGACUCACACGACUUUGGAGCACUCGGACUGUGCAUUUAUGGUUGACAACGAGGCGAUUUACGAUAUUUGCCGACGCAACCUCGACAUCGAGCGUCCAACUUACACCAAUUUGAAUCGUCUGAUUGGUCAGAUUGUGUCCUCGAUUACGGCGUCUCUUCGUUUCGAUGGUGCCCUGAAUGUUGACCUGACUGAGUUUCAGACCAACUUGGUGCCAUAUCCUCGUAUUCAUUUCCCACUGACUACUUAUGCUCCAGUGAUUUCGGCCGAGAAGGCGUAUCACGAGCAGCUGAGCGUCGCCGAGAUCACAAACGCUUGCUUUGAACCCGCGAACCAGAUGGUGAAGUGUGACCCACGCCACGGCAAGUACAUGGCGUGCUGCAUGCUGUACCGUGGCGACGUGGUGCCGAAGGACGUGAACGCGGCGAUCGCCACGAUCAAGACGAAGAGGACCAUCCAGUUCGUGGACUGGUGUCCGACGGGCUUCAAGGUGGGCAUCAACUACCAGCCACCAACCGUGGUGCCAGGAGGCGACUUGGCGAAGGUGCAGCGUGCGGUGUGCAUGUUGAGCAACACGACGGCGAUCGCAGAGGCGUGGGCCCGUUUGGACCACAAGUUCGAUCUGAUGUACGGGAAGCGUGCCUUCGUGCACUGGUACGUGGGUGAGGGAAUGGAGGAGGGUGAGUUCGCUGAGGCUCGCGAGGACCUGGCGGCUCUGGAGAAGGACUACGAGGAGGUGGGCAUUGACUCAGUCGAAGCCGAGGGAGAAGAGGAGGGCGAGGAGUACUGA